UUGUUUUUACUUUUUUCACUGUGUUUUCGUAAGCUUCGGAGCAACUAGAUCUCAUUAUCAACUGUUUUUCACCAACCUCUUUCUCUCUCUCCUCCAUUUCUCACUCACUUCCAACCGUUUCUUUCGUAUUUCGUAACAGAUACAAGGGUUUUUUUGGGAUUUCGAUGGUUACCGGAGCACCGGAAAUGAAUUUUGUAAAAAGUAAGGAAGCUGAGAACAAUCUUCAGAAGCAAGGUGUUGAAGCUGCUGCUGAAAGAGACGAUAACUCGCUUCCCGAUGCAACUGAUGAAGUUGCUGAGGCCAAGGCACAGCCUGAUGCCAAAAGGGUUAAGCUGCAGAAGGAACUAACUUUUCAGGACAUGUAUCAAAACCAAGAGUUGUUUGCUGAGGAUGAUGAGGAAGACGAUGAUUGGGAGCCGUCUCAGUUGAACAAGUGCGUUGAAGUCGCCAAGUGGUUCUGUAAAAAUUGUACUAUGGAUAACCUAGACAAUGAUGACAAUGAUGGCUUGUGCGAAACAUGUUGGGAACAUAAAGAUUCUAAAAUCGCGAGCUGUGGGCAUUAUACAUCUUCCUUAGCACAAGAGGAUCUGAUUGAGAUCCAGCCAAUUAUAAAAGAUGUUAACUCACAGGAAUCAGCUGAAAACAGUUCUACGGCAAUUGGCUUUGAUGAAAGAAUGUUGUUACAUGCAGAAGUCGAAAUGAAAUCAAAUCCACAUCCCGAAAGGCCAGAUCGACUUCAAGCAAUUGCUGCUAGUCUUGCUCGAGCUGGUAUAUUUCCAGGAAGAUGCUAUUCAAUUCCUGCUAGAGAAAUCACUCAAGAAGAACUUAUGAAGGUUCAUACUUUGGAGCAUGUUGAAUCUGUGGAAGUUACAAGCGAGUUAAAGUCUAGUUAUUUCACUCCUGACACAUAUGCCAAUGAGCAUUCAGCAUGUGCCGCUAGGUUGGCAGCCGGGCUAUGUGCUGAUCUGGCAUCAGCAAUUGUUUCUGGGCGUGCCAAAAAUGGAUUUGCUCUGGUUAGGCCUCCUGGUCAUCAUGCCGGUGUAAAACGUGUGAUGGGGUUUUGCCUUCACAAUAAUGCUGCAGUGGCAGCAUUGGCAGCUCAGGCUGCAGGGGCUAGGAAGGUCCUAAUUUUAGAUUGGGAUGUUCAUCAUGGAAAUGGAACACAGGAAAUAUUUGAUCAAAACAAAUCGGUCUUGUAUAUAUCAUUGCAUAGACAUGAGGGAGGACAGUUUUAUCCUGGUACUGGAGCUGCUCAUGAGGUUGGCAGUAUGGGUGCAGAAGGAUACUGUGUGAAUGUUCCAUGGAGUCGAGGUGGUGUUGGUGAUAAUGAUUACUGUUUUGCAUUUCAGCAUGUUGUACUUCCUAUAGCUUCUGAAUUUGCUCCAGAUUUUACCAUAAUAUCAGCAGGAUUUGAUGCUGCUAGAGGUGAUCCCCUAGGAUGUUGUGAUGUUACUCCUUCUGGCUAUGCACAGAUGACUCACAUGUUGAAUGCCCUUUCUGGUGGAAAAAUGCUUGUUAUUCUUGAGGGGGGCUAUAAUCUUCGUUCUAUAUCGUCUUCUGCAACGAAAGUAAUCAAGGUAUUGCUGGGUGAUGAGAGUCCUGUAUGUGAACCGGAAAAUAGUUUCCCUACCAAAGCUGGCCUGCAGACUGUUCUUGAAGUCCUCGAAAUUCAGAUGAAAUUUUGGCCUUCCGUGGAACCUAUCUUAAGAAAUUUGCAGUCACUUUGGAAAAUGCACUGUCUUGAGAAAAAAAGCAAACAGACUAAGAAGCGGCGCCGAAUUUUGGCACCAAUGUGGUGGAGGUGGGGUCGAAAAAGUUUCUUAUUCCAUCUUCUGAACGGCCAUCUUCGUGUAAAAUCGAAACGAUUUUGUUGAGCCGAAUUUUGAAGUACAGGAAUACCUAGUAAUUGUCAGCAUGUUGUAUAUUCCAUCUUGAUUCCAGACAAUAUUUUUUGACAGCCUUGCGGAAGGUUAAGACAGAAAUCGGGAAAGAGGGGGGAAGAAGGGACCCCUGGGGUAGGAGUAAAGGAUGAAAAUGACUUCCUUUGAGUAUUUUAGACAUGGGAAUUUCUCAUCUUUGUACUUGUUAACCGGACAAGCGAAUGCCGGCUUUUAUAAGCAUCACCUUUUAAUUUAAUGCAUUCUGAAUUUUCUGUUGUUGAAUUGUGUUUAAAUGUUUGCAUCAAGUUGUCUCAGUUUCAAUUCAA